AUGCCAGUGGAAACGUCGCGUCAGUCAUUGGCACGCGGUGAUACACCAACCGCCCGCGACUCUUUGUAUCGGUCACGGACGCGUAGCACUUCAAGUAGCAAUAGUACGAACUCAGCGACUGGAGAGAUGGCUCCAAUGAGCAAUUCCAGUACGGUCACACUCCGCAGUACCUCGGGUGACAGCUGCGAACUCGUGAAGGAAAAACGACUGAGCACGAAGACAUUGCAGGGAACUAGCACUGAGUCAGCCAAGCCGAUGUCGCCCGUCAAGAGCGUCGACUUGGCUGCGUACUACAUAUUCUCGAAGAGGAACAGCAAGGUCCAACAUGACGAAAUGCAAGGCUUGUCGGGGUUCCUUGACUACCGAAAGAUCAACGGGACGUGGCGACCGUUCCUGUUCCAGACUAGUGGUCACCAGCUGAUGCUCUACCGCGUUUACUCCACGCAUCAGGUGCUCAUCAUGUCUACGGACAUCCGCAGUGCGUCUGAGAUUGCGCUAGAGGGUGACGGGGCGGACGAGAACACCAGGUUAUUGCGGCUUGGUGUGAACGGCACGACAAUUACAUUGCGCGCGGUGACACAUCGAGCAGCUGUGUACUGGGUAGACGGACUACGACGCCUUCGAGACGGAAAGGCCUUGCAGAUAGUUGGUGAUGCCUCCUGCACAGAACCAGACGAAGACAUUUUUGUCGAGAUUGACAAGCUGCUUACCUUGCGUGAGUGGACACCCCCUCCAUCCCCUGCCUCAUUGUGUGGUCUUUGCAUCCUGUCUCGUAGACCCGAGCCUUUGUUGGCUGGUGUGCUGAUGAAAAGAAAGAAAAUGCGGGACAAACGAGAGUCAAGCGGCUGUACGCUCUGCUGA